AUGCACUUUUACGAAGCAGCCGAAGCCGACCCAAGAUACUCCUCCUGCUAUCGGUCCUCCUACUGGAUCAGCGAGAUCAUGAUGUGGGUUAUCUUUGGACUCGUUUUCGUCGUGACAAUCUGUCUUCCUCAAAGCGCAAGCUUUCAAAUAGGACUCUCAAGAAGCCGCACUGCUAGCGCUCAGUUGGGCGCCAUCGGAUUUUUCGAAUUCGCCGCCGCUCUGACCUUCUGCAUCGGAUACUACUGGAUCGGCUGGUGGGACAACUACGCUCACGUGAUCGCCUGGUUCUUGAUCGGAUUCGUCGGAAUCAUUUCCUUUGUCAGCUUCGUCGAUCACGUCAAAGUCACCUUCUCCACCAGCUCGUUGAUUACUGUUUAUGCUGCUGAAGGAUCCUACCAAGGAGCACCUGCUCCAACGAUUCCUCAAUCGAAUGAGAAAACUGCUCCUCCUCCACAGACAAAUCUGGUCAUUCCAACUGAGGCGAGUGAGUUGGUGAAUCUUCAAGCUGAGAGAUCAAUGGCAAUAUGGAUGACUGUGAUUAUGUUUUUGAUCAUGUCAGCAAGCAUCGUUUACAUGUAUUUUAUUUUCAAUUGUGCCUGGAAUAUUGUUCUGAGCUGA